ACCAACAUGGCGUCUGUGAGUAGUGAUGAGUGGAGAGCCGUUUGCGACAAAUUCACCAACGCCCAAAAUCUCACGCUUAUUGAAUCACGAAACGACCCUGAAAAUGACCCGUUUCGCUCCAAAUACAAUGCCAGGGAGCUCCUCAGAGAAAUAUACUGCUCGCUCAAGAGUUUCGAAGCUGGCGAAGGUGAGGAGGAAAGCGGCGGAGAGAGCGGCGAGCAGCGGCUGACGGAGCCGCCGGUGGACGGGCAGAGGGAGGACGUGUUCGGCCAGGGCUUCAGCGGCGACUCGCCAGCCGGGCUGCGGGCCGCUAAACUCGGGGCUGUGGAGUACUAUCUGGGCGUCAAUCAUGUUGACACCGAGGAGCUGUCAGCCGGACAGGAGCAUCUGACAAACUGCAUGAAACAGCUGGAGAGAUGCAGAGUGUCGCCGGAGAACGUGUCGCUGUUUAUCCAUGUCAGGAAUCAGUUGGGUAUCCUGUGGGCAGGCCGGGACGAGACAGAGAUGGCUCAGGGAUUCCUGGAAACAGCAGAAUCCAUUUACCAGCGUUAUAUGAAGGAGGAUGGUAGUCCACCCACUGAUAUGACAGAGUACUUCACUACUGAGGAGAACCUGCUUACACACCAGGAAAGGACCAAGAGGUUUGAGUUGGCCUACACCCAUACCAUGUACUACCUUGCUCAAGUCUAUAAAAACCUUGGUGAAACUGAGCGUGCUGCCACCUACUGCCACAGCACCCUGCAGAGACAGUUACAGUUAAAUCAGUUCAGUCCAAUGGAGUGGGCACUUAACGCUGCUACGCUAUCACAGUAUUAUAUCACCAAGGGUCGGUACAUGGAGGGCAGACAUUGCCUUGCAGCAGCUACAGUAAUAUCAGGUUUGGCAGGAGAGGUUCCUUCUGAGGCCGUGGCACAAGAGAGUGAGACGGAGAGUGAGCGCAGGGAGCAGCUCAGGCAGAAGAGAGCAGACAUUGCAAGAUGUUGGAUCAAAUACUGUCUAAACCUCCUGCAGGACUCAAAGAAGCUGCUAGAGGACAGCAUUGGGGAGCUGGAUACUGAUCGUCAAGAAGAGUUGAAGAGAGCCAGGAGACGCGAGGAGGAGGAGGAAGAGAAGGGCAGGAAGAGUGCUCUGCUGUUUGGCUCUGAAGACACCUUUGACUCCAUUGCUAGCCUGGAAGAAAAGGUUUGCUGUUUGUUACCACUGGACUUCACUGAGGCCAGAGCUGUAUUUCUGGUGGGACAGAAUUAUGUCACACAGGCCAAGGAGUACUUUCAGAUGGACGGCUAUGUGACGGAUCACAUAGAGAUCUUGCAGGAUCACAGCUCUCUGUUCAGGGCCCUGGCUUUCUUCGAAGAGGAUCUGGAGCGGCGUUGCAAAAUGCACAAACGCAGAGUGGACAUGCUGGAGCCAAUCUGCAAUGACUUGAACUCCCAGUAUUACCUAAUGAUCCGCAGACAGAUGAUGUUUGAGUUGGCUGAAACCUACAAUGAAAUGAUGGACCUGAAACUGGCGCUGGCCAACAGACAAGCUGAUACACAGUCUCUAGAUAACCACACUAUUAAGAAAUUCAACCAUCUCUGCUCUGCCUCCGCCAAAUACUUCCAGAUGUUCCUCGACUCUCUGUGUUCUCCAGAGGGGAAGCAUCCGGAGCACCUGGAGGAGGAGGUGCUCAGACCGGCUCUGGUGGCUCGCUUCAGAGUGGCCCGACUCUAUAGCCGGCUGAUUAACCCUUCACCUACUGCUCAGCUGGAAAACCUCAACAAGUCUCUGGAAAACUACAAAUACGUGGUGCAGUACUGUGAGGCUCACCCUGAGUCAGGAGCAGCUGUGGAGACGGAGCUGGAGCUGAGCACGGAGAUGGUCGGCCUGCUCCCUCUCAAAAUCAACCGCCUCAAAGCAAAGAUAGCCGCAAACAACUGAAAGAAGCCACUGUCCGCUGUCUGACCUGUUGACUAAUAGUGCUACUACAUCCACCCAAAUAAGACAUUCAGUCUAAAUUAUGAUUUCGGACACUCCCAACAAUUACAGAAACUGGAUGAUGGAUGGAUUGACUUUCUUGCUUAUUUGUGUUGGUGAUGGCCUUUUUUUGUGCAGUGGACAUGCUGCAUUCACAAGACCUUUGAACACAUUGCACACUGUACGUAUGUGCUGUCUUCUGUGAAGUAAAAUAUGUGGUCAAUUUACUUUUAAUUCAGACCGCAAAUAAACAUACUCUUCAAAAUUCAUACAAAAAUUUCUUUCACAUAGUACUAAGAAAUAAUUGACAAUAGUUGAUAAUAUCUUGUCAACAAUUUGAAUUGAAUUUGAAUUGACUAAGACCUGUUUGUCCCUGUACAUCAAUGCUUUAUUCCCAAUUAAUUGUAUGAGGAAAUCUUUGCAAAUCUAUCACUAACAUAUCAGAUGCUCACUUUGCAAGAAAAAAAAAGUACGUAACAUACCAGUACUUUUUUCAUUUUAUUUUGUUUAUUUUUUCCUAUCAUUUAUGUUCCCUCAGUUUCAUUCUUGUUUUUCAUUGUUAAUCAUAUUGGUUUUUUUAUUUAAUGUGGCUUUAUUUUGUGUAAAGCGCUUUACCACACUAAAGUUACGUUUCUUCAUUGUCUCUGAUGGUAAAACAAAUGUCAAGGCCUACUGUAACCUGUAUCCAUUGUACAUGGAUGGGACAGAUAAUAGAGCUGACACAGUUUGUGCUACUUCAAGGUUGUUGCACCUUAAAACUGAGACGCUUGUUCUGCAAAAUUGUCACAAACAACUGUCUCAGUGACCGUUUUUAAGUGGACUUAAUGUUGGUUUACUAGACAUAAUAAUCUGCAUGAUGCCAACUUCAUCUAGUUGAACCUGUGUAUUAUUUUCCUGUCUGAGGAAUCACAAUGUCCUCCUGUUUUAUGUACAGCAGAUGCUGUAUGAUAUGAUAAUAAACUAGUAGUAAUACACUUGUGCUGCAAUAA